UUAAUGUAUGCAGUUUUUAUUUGGUGGAGCACACCUUCUCCAAUUAACAAUUCUUAAUUAGUUGUACAAAAAUAAUCCCCAAUUCCUACCUACUAUACUUCUAAAUUCUAACUAAUCUCCAUUUCUCUAAUAUAUAAUGCAUUGAUUUACAUCUGAAUCCCUCUUCUUCUUCGUCGUUGAUUCAGUUGAAGAUGAAGAUGGGUGUUGUUAAAGCAGUGGUAGCUGAUUUUGUAAUGACAUUUAUUGCGAUAUUUUGUGUUUCAACGAUUGGGGUUUUGACUUACAUUAUUAGAUCUGCAUUUGGAAUCGCUCCUGGAUUGGCAUCUCUGUCAAUCACUAUUCUCAUUGUUUUCCUCCUCUUUCUAAUGCUUAGUGUUAUAGCUGAGGCUUUGGGUGGCGCAGCCUUCAAUCCCGCCGCUACCGCCGCGUUUUAUGCUGCCGGAGUUGGAAAGGAUUCGCUCUUCUCCGUUGCUGCUCGAUUUCCUGCUCAGGCAGCUGGUGCGGUUGCUGGUGCAGUAGCAAUAUUGGAGGUUAUUCCUACGCAGUACAAGCACAUGCUUGGUGGGCCUUCCUUGAAAGUUGACUUGCACAAUGGAGCCAUCGCGGAGGGCAUCUUGACUUUCGUAAUGACCUUUCUGGUCUUUAUCAUUGUACUGAAGGGUCCUAAAAGUGCACUUCUAAAGAAUUGGUUACUUGCAAUGUCAACUGUUACCAUGGUAGUUGCAGGUUCAAAAUACACUGGACCUUCUAUGAAUCCAGCCAAUGCAUUUGGUUGGGCAUACAUAAACAACAUGCACAACACAUGGGAGCAGUUUUACGUCUACUGGAUCUGUCCCUUUGUAGGAGCAAUAAUGGCUGCAUGGACAUUUCGUGCCGUCUUUCCAGCUCCAGCAAAGAAGAAGAAGCCCCAGAAGAAAAAGCGAAAUUGAGAUAGACUCUUCUGCUUCAGUUACUUCAUUUAUCUAGGUUGCACUGUGGUUGAAGUAACCCGAUAAAGUUGAAAGCAAUUCUUAACUUCAAAUACAGAAUCAUAACAGCUAGUUGGAAUUGUUAAUAAACCCCCCUUUUAACAUUAAUCCAAAUUCAACCAACUAUUAGUGCAAUAUACUUAGUUGUCCAAAGUUGGAUGCCCUGAAGAUGUUCUUUCUUAUAUGCUUCUUUAGAUGCCUCCUUUCUACUGUUUUGAGUUGUGCUUGUGAA